AUGUCUCAAACAGUCGAAGAAGGGCAAGUUGCCGGCUAUGAGCAAAAUGAAAACCGCUCAACCAUAUACAAGAUCUGGACCAAUUCUUGGUUCCAGAUCAUUUUGAUGAGUUUCAUCUGCUUUUGCUGUCCGGGAAUGUACAAUGCCCUCAGUGGUCUUGGAGGUUCCGGUCAAGUUGAUCAGACCGUUGCCGCAAAUGCCAGUGUAGCCCUUCUGUCUUGUACUGCAGGAACUGCUUUGUUCGUUGUCGGCCCUAUCUUCGAUCGUGUUGGACCCCGAGUUUGUCUCUUGCUUGGAGGAUGGACCUAUGCCUUGUAUUCCGGCAGUCUUCUGUGUUUCAACGCAACCAACAACGGCGGCUUCGUCAUUGCCUCCGGUGCCAUUCUCGGUGUGGGUGCCUCCUUCUUGUGGGUGGCGCAGGGUGCUAUCAUGACGACCUAUGUGCCUGAGUCGCAGAAGGGUCGUGCAAUCGCCGCCUUCUGGAUUAUCUUCAAUCUGGGCGGUGGUGUUGGAUCCCUCGCCAGUUUCGGCCUUAACUUCAAGUCGACGAGCGGCACUGUCAGCGAUGCCACAUACAUUGCCUUGCUUGUCGUCAUGGCCAUCGGAUGGGUGCUGGGAGCGCUCAUUUGCCCACCCUCGUAUGUCAGAGUUGCCCAGUUGCAAGUCACACCUGAGAGCAACAAGAACUUCCGCCAUAUUAUUCGCCACUCUGUGAAGACUAUCUGCAACUGGCGGGUGUUGUGCAUGCUGCCCCUCUUCUUCUCAGCCAACGUGUUCUACUCCUACCAGCAGAAUGCCGUGAACGGUAUGAACUUCAACAUCCGGACGCGUUCCCUCAACGGUUCGCUUUACUGGAUUGCCCAGAUGCUGGGUGGCCUCGUCAUGGGUCUCAUUCUCGACACCCCCGGUGUCAGCCGACCUAACCGCGCUCGCAUCGCCUGGGCCUUCUUGUUUGUCACUGGAAUGGCCAUCUGGGGUGGCGGUUAUAAGUUCCAGGUGUGGUCUGAUGAGCGUCUGGAGCAUGGCCUGAAGCAGGAUAUCGAUUACACAGAUUCUGAUAUCUCAGUUGGCCCGAUGUUCCUCUACAUCUUCUAUGGUGCCUAUGAUGCGCUGUGGCAAUCAUUCUGCUACUGGCUCGUCGGUGCUCAGUCCAACUCCCCGGCCACAGCUGCCGUUCUGGUCGGAGCAUACAAGACCUUCCAGAGCACUGGUGGUGCGAUGGCGUGGCGCAUCAAUGCCAUGGGCAAGCCCGCGAUGACUCAGUUCGCUAUGAACUGGGGACUCUGCAUGGGCUCGUUGGUCAUCGCCAUCCCAACCGUCCUGGCUAUCACCAUGACCAGUGAUACAGAAACACCAGUGGUCGAUGAGAAGGCAUACCCAGAGGCGGAGGAGACCCGGGAGGUGGUGAAGUGCUGA